AUGGUCCUGCUCACCGCCGUCCACUUCGCCAAGCAGGGCUUCGCCGUUGCCGCCGUCGACCACCAGGGGCACGGCUUCUCCGAGGGCUUCCAGGCCCACAUCCCGGACAUCGGCCCCGUGCUCGACGACUGCGAGGCCGGCUUCGCCCCCUUCCGCGCUGACUACCCUCCCCCGCUGCUCUGCUUCCUCUACGGGGAGUCCCUCGGCGGCGCCAUCGCGCUGCUGCUGCACCUCACCAAAUCAGACACAGGUGUCGCGCGCGCGAGCAUCGCACCGCCCAGGGCCCGCAGCCCGCAGGCACUGAAGCAAGAUGUGGAUGCCCGCAUCGUUCCGCUGCAGCCGCCGUCGCUGGGUCCAGGGCAGCACCUCCUCCGUGUCGCCCGUCAAACCACCGCCCCGGCCCCGGCGCCACCCGCAACAGCCCGACGCCGUGCUGCCGCGCCGAACCCGACGAGGCGGCCUCCAUUCUCCCAAGCGAGCACGCCUUCCAUCUUAUCGUCUUCCGCCGCGACGCCUCGCCCCAAGCGAGAAGGCCAGCCGCCGGGACGCCUCGCCCCCUUCCUAGGCUCGGGCGGCGCGGACGCCCGCCGCGACACCUCUCCCCUUCCUUGGCUACCGCGGCGACGCCUCGCCCAUUCCUGGGCUCGGGCGGCGCGGACGCCGCCGGCAAGAUGCGGUGGUGGAGGACGGCGCGCAGGCGCCGGCGGCGAGCGGCGUGCCCGGCGGUGGAGUACGGCAAUGUAUAAGCCGCGGCGGAGAACGGCAAUGGACGCAGGGGGCUUUUUGCAAAAUCCAACCGUUUUUUCAGGACCACACAUUAAAUAG